AUGAGUGCCUGGAUGAACGACGCCGCCGCCGUUCAAAAUCACAAUGGCGGAGGAUUCAACCCUCUCGAUUCACACUCAUCCGGAGGUAUGCUCGACCCUUCAGCGUUUAUGAACAACCCGAACUCCUUCGAUCCUUCCUCCCAGUUCCAGAACCAGCAACUCCAGCAGCGCAUGCAAAAUGGUGCCAUGCGCAAUGGCGCUGGGUCUCCCGGCUUCAAUAAUCCUCAAUAUCAGACCAACCAAGUAAUACCCUCAAAAAGACCCAGACCACGAGAGGACAGUUUAGGAACUUCUCCAAGACAAGCGCCCGGGAUGUUGCCCAAUUCCCGUUCACAAACUCCUCAGCAAAAUCCAUAUCCUGGCGGCUUUCCGACAAGUACGCCUCAGCAACAUCCUUCUCAAGGGGCGCCAUACUCGCAUUUACAAAACGGCUCUGCGAAUGCGAGUCCAUCACCCAUAAUGGCCAAUCAAUUACGUCCAGGCGGCGUACCGCAACGAGUGUCCACUGCAUCUCCUCAUCCCUUUUCCCCAGCAGCUCAGCAAUUUCCCCAAGCCUCACCGUCCCAAUCAGAGCAUGGAGCCAGGGUCGACACACCUCAAAAUAAUAACCCAUAUCCCCAAAAUCCUAAUUUUCCUCAAGGAUUCGGCCAAACUUUCACUCCACCGCCUGGUCGAAACUCGGCCCCUCCUCAAAACCCAAAUGCCAUGGCUACUCCCCAAAUGCAGCAGCAGCAUAUGGCAAAUUCACAAAUGUACCAACAGGCUCAGCAGCAAGGCCAACCGCGUCCGCAGACUAUAGAACAACAGAAAAUGCUUUACCAAAUGCAGGUGCAGAAACAGAUGCAACAGCAAAACCUAAUGGCCGCGCAGAGGGGCAAUAUGCCACCGAAUGUAAAUCCAAUGGCAAGAGCCCAAAUGCAAGCAGCGCAGCAAAAUGGUCAGCAGUUCCCUGGUAUGCGUCCACAGCAACCGCAACAACCUCCAGGCGGCCCAAAUCCGGAUAACUUCAUGAAGAGUUUACAAUCCUUCAUGGCGCAAAGAAACCUGCGGCUCGACUUGAAUCCCGUUGUUGGCGACCGUACUAUUCCUCUGAUUUCUUUGUAUAUGACUGUGAGAAAGUACGGUGGGUACAAGAAAGUUACAGCACAGAACGGGUGGGUGCAAAUUGCGCAAGCACUGCAAUUUCACCCCAUGCAGGCGCAAACUGCUGGACAGCAACUCAAGGUACAUUAUGACAACUACCUAGCUAUGUUUGAUGAAGCAUGGCAGAUGAAUCAACAACGGCAGAGAGCGGCCAUGAUGCAACAAAAUACCAGCCCUGUUGGGCCUGGUCCUCAAAUGUCACCUACCAAGCCGAUGAAUCCCCAAAUAAUGCAGCAACAGCAGCAGCAAUAUAUGCAGCAGCAAGCGCUCAUGCAGCAACAGCAACUUCAGCAACAACAAAUGACGACUUCCGUGAAGCAGAUGGGUCAAAUACAUCAGCAGCAACCGCCGUCAGUCAAUGGUUUCUCAACGCCCCAGCCUCCGGGCCAGCCUCGACCUGGACUCACUCAGAGUCAUUCUCGGAACAGUCUUUCAAGAAGCAUGGGUGGCACCCCUCCGCAAAAUGGGACAUCUUUUACAAUGCCUUCGCCGGUCUCUGCGGUCAAGCCCGGGAGUUUAUCUUUGCAGUCACCCCAAGUUGGUGCUGGACUACAGGUUGGAGAGCCGCCUGUAUCACGAGAAUUCAAUUUACCUGAUCAGUAUGACCCCAAGGUUCGAACACUUGAUACUUGGGGUGGAAUAAAUCUGACAUCUCUGGGGAAAAUGGGGACGGAACUGAUGCAUGUAAAACCUGAUAUUCCUCCUGUGCCGGACUUGGGAGCAAUUGAUAUUCAUGCUCUUACCAUGAGCUUGCAAAGCGGAAUCCACGCAGAGGUUCGGAUGGCGCUAGACACCAUAGCAUCAUUGUCUAUGGAGCCACGGAUACAGAUAAAUCUACUCUUUUGUGAGGACUUGGUUGAAGUCCUGGUCGAUUGUGCUGAAGAGCAGGUCGAAUCUCUGGCAGUCAGUGCGCCUGAAGUCUCUGACGUGAUGCUCGUUACAUCUUACGAGGAUGUUUUGCGUGGUUGUCGAGCCGAACAAGAUUCUCUGCAAGAUAUUAAUGAAUUCGGAACGGUUGAAUACGAGCUUGAUCGAGCUGUCGAUCGUUUGAUAUGUAUAACGACAAUAUUACGGAAUCUUUCGUUCGUCGAAUCAAAUUAUCCUCUCCUUGCCGACGAACCAGUUAUCAAAUUCUUGUGUGUGGUCAUUAGGUACCUUGGAACGCGAAACAUGCUUUUACGAACGAACAAAAAUACCCUCGACUUCAUGAAAGAUAUUAUCAUCUUUCUGUCUAAUGUUUCUCAAGCCAUUGAAGUACCAGGCCGAGAACAAGCUCUGUGUCUCCUGCAUUUUCUCCUAGCGUUUGCGCCAUGUCCUCCUCCAAACCAGUCAGAAAGGGUCAACUUCCUGCCAUACGAUCCUGCGAUGCAUCGAUAUCUUCCACCGGCAAUAGACAGUUUAGCAAAACUGUUAGCCCGUGAUGAGCCAAAUCGGACACAUUACAAAACUAUCUUUGCAUCAGAUGUCGCCUCUUCGCCGCCGUACGACCUACUUACCCGUACAUUUGGUCUCUCGAUUUCGGCAUUGCCGGACGAAAAGAAUGAUGGGAAGAGAGGUGUGCCUACUUCAAAUGUAGAAGCGCGAAAACCGAUGAUCAUGCAAGGAAUACUUGCUGCAGAGGUACUAUCUAACCUCGCCCCAGGAUACGAAUCUGGGGUUGCCAAGUCGUGGUUGACUUCUGAUGAUGGCUUUGCACAAAAUUUAUCCCGAUUGAUAUUGUCAUUGUGUCUUGAAACCACACCUGCGCCGCCAACACACGGACGGGGUGCCCAAUUGAUUCCUAAAGGAGUCGAGGACGAAAGCUUACACUUUAUUGCCAUGCGUGGCAUCGCAGUUUUGAGGAAACUAGGAGAGAAGAGCAAAGAUCCAGAUGAUCCGGCGGCAAGUAUACCACCGAGUGGGCUACCAGCCAAGGAGAAUUUGUUGCAAGCAUUGCGAAUUGCACAGCCAGAUAAAAGGGUUCAGGGAGUGUUACGGGCGUUGUGCUCUUAUGCCGGGAUGGCUACUUUAUGA